AUGCCAUUCACAUCCAAAGAACGGAAGCAGGUCGAAAGACUCAAACGGAAGUAUAGAAUUGAAUUCCGCGGAGAGGUUCCAAGCUCUGAAUGGCCCGAUAGCCAUCGUCCGACUUUUAAUGCGGUUGAUGAGCUAGGAAAGAGGCAAUUCGACACCUAUGCGGCUUGUGCGACAGCCAUUGAAAAUGCACCAUGGACUGCAGAAAUAAAGAAACAUGCCGAUGAACUCUCUGAGCGGGCUAAGCGCUGUGUGAGUCGAAAUGAAUCGACCUGGCGGUUUGCGUGCGAACCCUACGCAUUAGCUCGACUUACUUCAGAGGUCGUAUGCAAGUUCUGUCGAAAGCGAGUAUGGCGUUCAGAAAUCGAAGCGACAAGUGAGGGGAACUCGACUAUGACAGAAGCCCUGCGUGUUAGGCAGAAUAAACGAGAGCCCUGUCGGUGUCCGCGAGACUUCAGACUUGAGGAUUCAAUGGAAGCUGUCGGGUUGAAUCGGAUUUUUGGCCAUCGGGAAGAUGAACCAGUACACCACGACUCAACUAUCCAGAAAGAACUACCAAGUGCAACAAAACCGGAUGCAAUCUACGGACUUCGGCAGACUCGAAACAUUGAAAACCUCUUGAACGAUACAGCGUGUAUACAUAGAGCGGAGGAUGAUCACGAUAUGCUUGUUCAUGAGAUCCUGGGAGAUCCGCCGCUCAGUGAGGAUGGAGAUCCAGUGGUGUUCCCGUUUCUUCUUCUCGAAGCGAAGUCGGCGAAGUCGGCAGAUAGCGAUUGGAAUUCCAUUAAGUUGCAAUCCGCGUUUCCGGUGCGGACUCUGUUAUGCACGCAGGAGUUGUUGAAGAAUAUGACUGAGCCGCACGCGAAGCAGCAGGCUGAUCCAUUAGUCUGGUUACUAAUGAAUAGAGGAGAGGAUUGGCGAGUGUCUGUGGCAUGCGUAUAUAAUGAUGCAGGCGAGAAACCUGGGACCAUCGGUACUACUGAAUAUGUUUGUUUAACCUGCGGGUCUUGUUCCAAGAGACGUUUCCUGUAA